CCCCCUCGAUCCGACGCUCUAAGUACACACACCAACCCCAGAAGGUAUUUAGCAUCUCAUCGCCCCCCGCAACCCGUACUCCGUCAGAUCAGUCAUCUUGAGCAUCUUCUUUUAACCUAAUACCCAUACUCUCCUCUCAAAUCAGAUCAAGAUGGCUUCCAACCUCCUCAGACAACGCGUUCGCAACCCAGAGCUCUUGAAGAAGCUCGUUAAGCCAGAAGACACCGUUCCGUGGUUUAAGUCUGGCCAGUCCUUGGGAUGGUCCGGUUUCACUGGUGUCGGAUACCCCAAGUUGGUCCCUACUGCGAUUGCGGAUCACGUCGAGAAGAACAACCUCCAGGGACAGAUGAAGUUCGACUUGUUCGUCGGAGCGUCUGCUGGUGCCGAGACUGAGGACAGAUGGGCUCAGUUGGACAUGAUCUCCCGCCGUACUCCUCACCAGGUUGGUAAGAACAUUGCUAAGGGUAUCAAUGAGAACCGCAUCAAGUUCUUCGACAAGCACUUGUCCAUGUUCCCUCAGGACCUUGUUUACGGUUUCUACCAGAAGGACACCCCCGGAGGUGGAAAGUUGGACUGGGCUAUGGUUGAGGCUACCGCCAUCACUGAGGAUGGCCACAUCGUUCCCGGUGCCUCCGUUGGUGCUACUCCCGAGUUGAUGCACGUCGCCGACAAGGUCAUCAUUGAGGUCAACACCGCUCUUCCUUCCUUCGAGGGUCUCCACGAUAUCACCGAGAUGGACCUUCCCCCUCAUCGCAAGCCCCUGAACGUCACCGGCGUUAAGGACCGCAUCGGUACCACCGCCAUUCCCAUCGACCCCUCUAAGAUUGCUGCCAUCAUUGAGGUCAACCGUGGUGACGCUACCGGGCCCAACGCUCCCGCCGAUGCCGACUCUAACGCCAUCGCCGGUCACUUGAUUGAGUUCUUCGAGCACGAGGUCAAGAUGGGCCGCAUGCCCGCUAACCUUCUUCCCCUCCAGUCCGGUAUCGGAAACGUCGCCAACGCCAUCAUCGGUGGUCUCGGUGCCUCCAAGUUCGAGCACAUGACCGUCUGGACUGAGGUCUUGCAGGACACUUUCCUCGACCUCUUCGACUCUGGAUCCCUCGACUUCGCUACUGCCACCUCCAUCCGUUUCUCUCCUGAGGGAUUCGAGCGUUUCUACGCUAACUGGGACAAGUACGCUCAUAAGAUCUUGCUCCGUAACCAGGCUAUCUCCAACUCCCCCGAGAUCAUCCGCCGUCUCGGUGUCAUUGCCAUGAACACCCCUGUUGAGGUCGACAUCUACGCCCACGCUAACUCCACCAAUGUCAACGGAUCCAAGAUGCUCAACGGUCUCGGAGGUUCUGCUGAUUUCUUGCGUAACGCCAAGUACUCCAUCAUGCACACCCCCUCCGCCCGUAAGACCAAGACCGACAAGACCGGUAUCUCCACCAUCGUGCCUAUGGCUACUCACGUCGACCAGACUGAGCACGAUUUGGAUGUUAUCGUUACUGAGCAGGGUCUUGCUGACCUCCGUGGGUUGUCUCCUAAGGAGCGUGUUCCUAUCAUCAUCAAGAACUGUGCUCACCCUGACUACCGCGCUCAGUUGGAGGAGUACUUCAAGUACGCUGAGUUCGCUGCUACCAAGUGGGGAGCCGGUCACGAGCCCCAGUCUUUGAAGCACGUCUUCAAGAUGCACACCAACAUGAUGGAAAACGGAACCAUGAAGCUCAAGGACUGGGGUUUCUAA